CCGACUUGGCGAAUUUCACGUGUUUGAUUUGUUUAUUUUUUAUUGAGCGCCAAAAUGAGCUCAACAAGUGAUAAAAAGAUAGUAAUAAAUAAGCGAUCAAAAGGACUACCCCGAGAGGCUCUGGAAAAACUGAGUCAAACGGAGUUGAUUGACAAGGUGGUCCAACUGGAGGCUUACAACUUUCAGUUGCGGAAUCUCCUCCAGAAAAAGUUAACCGAACAAGACAGAAACGAUGACGAGUAUGCUGUCUUGUUUGAUAAAGAAAAGGAGGAAAAGGUUUCCAAAGAAACUAUGAUUUCCAGCAAGGUGCAGAAGCAACGUAAGUUUGAUUGGAGCAGUGCUCACAAGCGUCAUGUUUUGUUGAAAAUCACGUAUUUCGGUUGGGAUUAUCAAGGAUUUGCUUGUCAGGAGGACUCCAAUGAUACUAUCGAAUCCAACCUAUUUCGCGCCUUAACUCGCACCUGCCUCAUAGAAUCCCGCGCCUCAUCCAAUUAUCAUCGCUGUGGACGCACUGACAAGGAGGUGAGCGCCUUCUGUCAGGUGAUCUCCAUCGAUCUGCGUAGUAAACAUCCCCCAGAAUGCCAAAUGGAUCCUGGAGCUCUGUCCUCUGAAAUCGACUAUUGUGGGCUCUUGAAUCGAGUGCUGCCCAAAAAUAUUCAGUGUGUGGCUUGGAUGCCACUGCGCAGUCCUGUCUAUAGCGCUCGUUUUGAUUGCAUUUCGCGUAGCUAUCGUUACUACUUCCCCAAGGGAGACUUGGACAUUGCUGCUAUGCAGGAAGCCUGUAAUCUCCUAGUGCGCCAUGCCGACUUUAGAAAUUUCUGCAAAAUGGAUGUCCACAAUGGGGUAACCAACUACAUGAGAAACUUGCAAUCAGCCAGGGUGGAAGCUUGCCAAGAUCAACUCUCAAACACAGGUUACGACAUGUACUUCCUAGAGAUCCAAGCCAAUGCCUUCCUGUGGCAUCAAAUACGUUGCAUUAUGGCAGUGCUACUACUGGUCGGUCAGGGCAAAGAGAAACCCAGCGUUAUUAGUGACCUUCUUGAUGUUGAGUCCAAUCCUUGCAAGCCUCAGUAUACCCCUGCUAUUGGGUUGCCGUUGAAUCUUUUCCGCUGUGAUUUUCGUGAAAAUACUACCAGAAGUCUAAGCCAUCCUGCUGACGGAGGUGCAGAUGAUGAAGCCAUGGAUACAACUACGGCAGAAACAGAGAAUUUGAAUACUUCUGCUCAUGCAGAGGAAAGUGAUCUUACGAAAUGGAUUUACAAUGAAGAAAACCUCCAGAAACUUAUUGAAAACACUCAAUGUGAGUGGACGCAAUUCAGUGUAAAAAGCACCAUGAUACGAAAUGUGCUUGAACAACUGGAGGGCCUUUUAGAGGAAAACUUCAAACCCAAAGAACAAGUGCAGGCACAAGUAAUAUUGCUACAGGAUUCCGUUAAACCCCGUCAAUAUCAGCCUCUCUUGGAGCGGAAACGUUGUGAGAGCUUGGAGAAUCGAAUAGAGCAUUUUGUGAAGAAGCAAAGACUGAUUGUCAAGGAUGAAACGGCAACGGCUUGAUUUAUUUUAGUAAUAUUAGUCAAAACCAGAUAUAUAUUCUAGUGUGUAUUUGUGUUUCAGGUAAAUAUAUUUAACUUGUUUGAUUGUA